AGUAAGACCAAAACACCAACUUUUUGGGCCUUUGAGACUUGUAAAGUUUUUGCAAAUUCCAUCAUCAUAAAAAUUUUAAGGCUAUAAGAAUCAGGAUGGUUAAGCUCGAAGAAGUCGUUGACGAAACUGAAUUACAGACCCAGGGACAAAACGUCGCCGAAAAGGAUAAAUACAUCUACGCUGAGGAAGACGUUGAAGAAUCCGAUUCCGAUGAAUCUGACUUUGAGGGACUCGAAGAUGAGACGAUAUUUGACCGUAUCGCUGCUUUGAAGGAAGUUGUUCCCGUUACAUGGCGCGUUAGGAUUGCGGACAGUGCAAAGUGUGCUGUUUCCGGUGUUUCUCGACUUUCUAGCUUUGGAGGAAAGUCUUUGUGGGUUCUCUCUACCUCUGCUCUUCUUUUAGGUGUUCCUUUUAUGAUGUCUGUAGAAGACGAAGCUCAGCUUUCAGAAUACGAAAAGCAAUUGAAGGACCAACGUGGUGCCAACGAGGUGAUUGCUCCCGGAGCUACUAGCAAUGCUCUUCCCCAAUAAUCGAAUCGUAAGGGAGAAGACAAUUUAGGAAUUAGCAGGAAGUUUACUUCUUUCGUAUGUAAUGAUUUGGAUGAUUAUUGCAUCUGUAAAAUCAAAAAUAAAAAUUAAAUUUUCCUGUGGACUUUUUUAUAUCGAUACUACUCAGUAAUUUUUCUGGCAAGAUAAGACCUAUAUUUUCACAGAC